AUGAGUAACGCGGCUGCUGAUCUGGCGCGCCUCGUCGCUGACGUGGCGGGUGGGAGAGCUGACGUGGUGAUUGGUCAUUCUAUGGGCGGGAAGAUCGCGCUAGAGUAUGUGCGGAGGGCUCGCGCGGGGGAAUUGCCAGUGAUGCUGCCGCAGCAGGUGGGAGGGAAAGAGGGAAAUGAGCUGUGGGUGCUAGACUCGGUUCCGGGCCGCAUAUCUGACUGCACGUUGGGGGAGGAUGCGGAGCGGAGGGACGUGGAGCGAGUGAUUGCAACGCUGCAGGAGCUGCCCCGCCCUAUUCCCUCCAAAAGGUGGCUCCUCCAGGAGCUGACUCAGCGCCGAGGCUUCUCCUCAGGCUUGGCUGAGUGGCUUGCCACGAGCCUCAGGCCCAUAGCUGGUUCGGCUGGUUCGGCUGCUGCCGGGGCUGGUGUGAACGGGGAGAUGGAUUGGGUAUUCAACCUGGAUGGCGCUGUUUCUCUCUACAACAGCUACAGACAAUCCCAAGAGCUUCAAGUAGAGAGGAUUGGUAGGGAGGUUCAAUCGGAGCCCAAGUUUGUGAAGCCAGGAGCAGGUGAGGGAGUGAAGUGGGGAUUGGUGCAGCAGCCGUGGCACCAACCCAUGCAGACCCAGGCGCAGAAAGUUCAGCAACAGCAGCAGCAGCAUCAGCUAGAGCAGCAGGAGGAGGGAGAGGUACCUACGGAGAAGCAGGUGGAAUGUGGUUGCACACAGGUGCACUUUGUGAAAGGAGAGAGGAGCGGCGUGUGGAAAGCCAAGUGCCUCGCUGACUUGGAGGAGGCAGUUGCUGAGCUCCUGCGAUCGAUCUACGAUGUCGGCGUUGUCGCCGCGUCGCGCGCUCCCGUGACUCACGGCGCCGCUGCCGCCGCAGCGAUGCCGAUGGCACAGCAGGUGGUCGGCGGCGACAUCGCCCCUGCUGGCGCGCGCUUCGCGUCGCAGCUCGCAGUGCGCAACCGCAUGAAGUCGGUGCAGAGCAUUCAGAAGAUCACCAAGGCAAUGAAGAUGGUGGCGGCGUCCAAGCUGAGGGGCGUGCAGGGCAAGACGGAGCAGAGCCGCGGCAUGUGGCAGCCCUUCACGGCCCUGCUAGGGGACAAUCCCACCCUGGUGACUCCUCGCACGCUGAUCAUCGCCGUGUCAACGGACAGGGGGCUGUGUGGCGGCAUCAACUCGACUGUUGUGAAGCACAGCCGUGCCGUCUCUGCCAUCUCCGCGCCCUCCGAGGAGAACAAGUCGGUGUUUGUGAUCCUGGGUGAGAAGGCGAAGCUGCAGCUGCAGAGAGACGCAAACAACACCAUCCUCAUGACUGUGGCUGACACUCAGAAGCAGGGCAUCAACUUCACGCAGACGUCCAUGAUAGUGGACGAGAUUCUCAAGAACGUCGAGUUUGACACGGCUCGCAUUAUCUACAACCGCUUCAACUCCGUCGUCGCUUUCGUGCCCACCGUCUCCACCGUGCUCUCGCCCGAGACUCUCCUCAAGGAGGCAGCGGAGGGCGGCAGCGCGAGCCAGCUGGCAGAGUACGAGAUCGAGGGCGAGGAGGGCCAGGAGGAGCUCUUCCAGAACCUCUCCGAGUUCCAGCUCGCGUCGACGCUCUACAACGCGCAGCUGGAGAAUGUGUGCAGUGAGCAACGCUCUACAAUGCGCAGCUGGAGAACGCGUGCAGUGAGCAGGGAGCGCGCAUGUCAGCAAUGGACAACUCCUCCCGCAACGCCUCCGACAUGCUUGGCCGCCUCACCCUCUCCUACAACAGGUCUCGCCAGGCCACCAUCACCACGGAGCUUAUCGAGAUUAUUUCUGGUGCUGCGGCUCUUGAGGGCUAAGGCCAAUGCUGUCGUUACCGAUUUGUGGUAUUAUUGUGACUGUACGUUGGCGUAG